GUAGUUUUCUUGGCGGCCCUGGCGCGGCCAGGUGGCGCGUGGCCCUCUGGGAUAGGCGUUUCCGCUGUCUAGAGGGACCCGCUUAGGCCGGCGCCCCUUGGCAGUUCGCCGCGUUUCCCCCGCGGGCGACGCAUUGUGGGCCUCGGUGGGCGCCGUAGGCUCGUGGAGGCCGCGGCGAUGGACGUGAACCAGCCGAAGCAGGAACAUCUCCUGGCGCUGAAAGUGAUGAGGUUAACGAAGCCCACUUUAUUCACCAAUGUUCCAGUGACUUGUGAAGAAAGAGACUUGCCAGGAGAUCUAUUUAAUCAGCUUAUGAAAGAGGACCCUUCUACUGUAAAGGGAGCAGAAAUUUUGAUGCUAGGAGAAAUGCUGACUUUGCCUCAGAAUUUUGGAAAUAUAUUUUUGGGAGAGACGUUUUCCAGUUAUAUCAGCGUACAUAAUGAUAGUAACCAAGUUGUCAAGGACAUACUGGUAAAGGCUGAUCUUCAAACAAGUUCUCAGCGUCUAAACCUUUCAGCUUCCAGCGCGGCAGUGGCAGAACUUAAACCCGAUUGUUGUAUCGAUGAUGUUAUUCACCAUGAAGUAAAGGAAAUAGGAACACACAUCUUAGUGUGUGCCGUAAGUUACACAACCCAGGCAGGAGAGAAGAUGUACUUCAGAAAAUUCUUCAAAUUUCAGGUUCUCAAACCAUUAGAUGUGAAAACAAAGUUCUACAAUGCUGAGAGUGACCUCAGUUCUGUGACAGACGAAGUAUUUCUGGAAGCUCAGAUUCAGAAUAUUACAACCUCUCCAAUGUUUAUGGAGAAGGUUUCAUUAGAGCCAUCUAUUAUGUACAAUGUAGCAGAACUAAAUACUGUCAACAAAGCUGGGGAAAGCAUGUCUACUUUUGGCUCAAGGACUUACUUACAGCCUAUGGAUACUCGUCAAUAUUUAUACUGCCUAAAACCCAAGCAAGAAUUUGCAGAGAAAGCUGGAGUGAUUAAAGGUGUUACAGUAAUUGGUAAACUAGAUAUUGUGUGGAAAACAAACCUAGGGGAACGAGGAAGGUUGCAGACCAGUCAGCUCCAAAGAAUGGCCCCAGGUUACGGUGAUGUCAGGCUUUCCUUGGAGACAAUACCAGACACUGUAAAUCUAGAGGAACCUUUUGAUAUUACAUGUAAAAUAACAAAUUGCAGCAGUGAAAGGACUAUGGAUCUGAUACUGGAAAUGUGUAAUACUAAUUCCAUCCACUGGUGUGGAGUUUCAGGAAGGCAACUUGGAAAGCUACACCCCAGUUCAUCCCUCCAUCUUGCACUUACACUAUUGUCUUCAGUGCAGGGACUACAAAGUGUCUCUGGCUUAAGACUGACAGAUACGUUUUUGAAGAGAACAUACGAGUAUGAUGAUAUUGCACAAGUCUGUGUAGUUUCUUCAGAAGUAAAAGAAGAAAGCUGAAGAAAAAUCCUGUAAUACUUCUGCUCUGGUUUUAGACCAACUUCCUACAUCUUACAGCUGAAUGGCAGGCAGCCAAAUGUUAAAAAAAAGAACCAUACCCAUCCAUAAACAAUGCAAGCAUGUUUAUUUAACUUUCUUCUCCAAGCAUUUUUGGGAUGUUUUAAAAUAUGUUUUAAAGAGUUAAUUAUAUAUAUUGUAUCUAUUAUUUGACAAUAAAGCCUUUAAAAUAA